UCACUAUCACUCGGUCUACCAAGUUAGUUAGUUGGGACGAAUUUCUGAUUUUGUACUUUAAUCAAAUUGUUUCUUUUCGCACUUCAUUUUUCCUACUCCGAUUCAGAACGUAAUCCGUUUUUCACUUUCAUGCCUACAACAGUGCUGGUUUUCUUUUUUGUUUUUCAAGUUUUUAGUGCUCGUCGUAAUUUGAUACGUUCUACGGACACUUCGAAUAUAGGAAACAUCUUCGUGCCUGAAUUAGAAAAUUUAAUUAACUUGAAAAUCCAGAUAAAAAAAUGUUGAGGGAAACGUUUGUUCUUAUUAUCGCGAUCUACGCCAUCGCUGAUGCCACCAAAGUAUCAGAGUGUAAUGGCGACGGCAGGGCCUACUCCGACCCGAACCUGGUCACCAUCACCGGAUGCACCGAUCCUCCUUGUAUCCUGAGACGAAAGACGUCGAUCGGCAUCAAUCAGCGUUUCACACCUUAUCGCGAUGUGAAAACUCUGACGACCACCGUGUUCGCCAAUAUCCUCGGACUCAACGUACCCUUCGUAGGGGUCAACGGGUCGAACGCUUGCAACCUCAUCUUCAACAUGGACGGGACAAAGGCCACGUGUCCUCUGCAGAAAGGGAAGGAAUACAUGUACAAGAACAGUUUCCCCGUUCGCGAGAUUUACCCGAGGAUUCCUGUGGUCGUUCAUUGGGCUCUGACCGAGGGUCAAGAGAACAUCGCAUGUUUCGAGGUGCCUUCCAAAAUAACGUCUUAAAAUUAUUGAUAAAAAAGAAGAAGAAAUUACAUUUUAUGCGAAUUACGAUAGAUCGAUAAUAUCCAGUAGGAGUGAAAACUCGAACAUCUAGAUCUCUAGUUUUCAUUUUUGUUGAUUUUUUUAUUUGUCUUCCAUUUGCUUCUGGCGAUGAGUUGGUAGUAUUGCAAGUAGUUUGAUCUCAGGCUCGAAGAGAAUUUUCGAAAAGACAAUUGUAAAAUAAAUUAGUGAAAUGACAAAGAAAAUCGGACAUCGAGUCCUCUUCAAUUACUUUUAUUUCUAUGGACAUCGGUUAUAUCAAUUAGUGAGAAUAUAUUUAAACAGAAAAUAAAUAGAUGAAAAAUCAUAAAAUUGUAAAUAACUUAAUAAAUAAAAGCGAUUAUACUUCAAA